CCCCACCCACCCCACCCCACCCACCGUUCUCUCUCUCCCUCUUCUUCUCCCUCGGCGAGCAGAGGGUGGGAGACCAGGCUAAGCGGAGGCAUCCCAGCGAUUCGGCGCGGAGACCGCUUCCUCGGCCGCACCCCCGCAUCCCUCUCCUCCCCCUCCCCCGCGCUCCCCUCCAUUUGUCCCCGCCCCCGCGCCCCCCAAUCUUAACCUCCACACCCGCCCCUGGGCCUCGCUCCUCUGGCCCCAAAUCUUAACCAGCUCCCCCCCCCCCUUCUUCUUCUUCCCCCCUCCCCUCCCCUGUCUCGCCCGCAGCUUCACCGGCAGCGAGGGAAAGAGGGAGGAUGAGCGCGUCCAGGUUCAUAAAGUGCGUCACCGUGGGGGACGGCGCCGUCGGCAAGACUUGCAUGCUCAUCUCCUACACCUCCAACACCUUCCCCACCGACUAUGUGCCAACGGUGUUUGACAACUUCAGUGCUAAUGUUGUGGUUGAUGGCAACACUGUCAACCUCGGGCUAUGGGAUACUGCAGGUCAGGAGGACUACAACAGACUGAGACCGCUGAGUUAUCGUGGAGCUGAUGUCUUCCUUCUGGCCUUCUCACUUAUCAGCAAGGCCAGCUAUGAGAAUGUUUCAAAGAAGUGGAUACCUGAGCUGAAGCAUUAUGCACCAGGUGUGCCUAUUAUCCUCGUGGGAACAAAGCUUGAUCUUCGAGAUGACAAGCAGUUCUUUGUGGACCAUCCUGGUGCUGUUCCUAUCACUACUGCUCAGGGGGAGGAACUAAAAAAGUUAAUAGGCGCACCCUACUACAUCGAAUGCAGCUCGAAGACCCAACUAAAUGUCAAGGGUGUAUUUGAUGCGGCAAUAAAGGUGGUACUUGCGCCACCAAAGGCGAAGAAGAAGAAAAAGGCGCAGAGGGGGGCUUGCUCCAUCUUGUGAUCUAAUCAUCGGUAGACAAAGAACAAGGGCGAAGUUGCCGCCAUGCUAUAUUAUUGUUACGUCUUGCUUCAGCGGAGCUGCACUCUCAUGGUCGUCGUCCCUCCCCCUACCCCACCCUAGGUUACCCACCGGCAGCUGCAGCAAGGUCUCUUUGUCGAGGCAUUGGGCGAUCCAUUUGUUUGAUUUCUCUUCUUCCUGCCUUGUGAUUAUCUCGUGUGACUGACAAGUCGUGGCAAUUUAGGUAACUUGCUUAGUAGACGGUAUUUCCCGUGUUUGAGACCCCGUAAAAAAAAAGUAUCUCGUUGUUAUCUCGGUUCCAUAAGUAGAGACAUGAUGUAAUCGCACUCAGUUUAUUCUAUUUUUGCUUGUUCUUUUCACUUCAAUGGAAAAUUAUGUUUCCUUUCUUGUUA